AUGAACGAUGCCGACGUCGGGAAGCAGGUCCAGCAGAUGGUCCGGUUCAUCCUGCAGGAGGCCGACGAGAAAGCCAGCGAGAUCACGGUUGCCGCGGAGGAGGAGUUCAACAUCGAGAAGCUGCAGCUGGUGGAGUCCGAGAAGCGGAGGGUGAGGCAGGAGUACGAGCGCAAGGAGAAGCAGGUCGACGUCCGCAGGAAGAUCGAGUACUCGACGGAGCUGAACGCGGCGCGCAUCAAGCUACUGCAGGCGCAGGACGACGUGGUCACCGGCAUGAAGGAGAGCGCCGGCGACGCGCUGCUCCGCGUCACCAAGGACGCCAACACCUACAAGAGGAUCCUCAAGGGCCUCAUCGUGCAGAGCCUGCUCCGCCUGAGGGAGCCGUCGCUGGUGCUGCGGUGCCGGGAGGCGGACCGGAGCCUGGUGGAGGCCGUGCUGGAGGUGGCCAAGAAGGAGUACGCCGAGAAGGCCAAGGUCAACCUCCCCAAGGUCAUCAUCGACGGCAAGGUCUACCUCCCGCCGCACAGGAACAGCCGCGACGUGCACGCGCCGUCCUGCUCCGGCGGCGUGGUGCUGGCGUCGCAGGACGGCAAGAUCGUCUGCGAGAACACGCUGGACGCGAGGCUCAAUGUCUCCUUCAGGCAAAAGCUUCCUGAGAUCAGGAAGAAACUGUUCAGCAAGCAAGUAUCCUAAUAAGUUGUUUCUUUACUGAUCGAUUGUUUUCUAGAAUAAAUCAGAAGUGGUUCCUGAUAACUUGGAACUCCGUUGUUUCUUUGUCAGCGACUGAUCCUAUAGGAUACUUUCUUGUUUCUGGAGUACUGAGACGCAGUAUGU